AAAAAUAUCUUCUUCUUCUUCUUCUUCGGUCUAGGGUUUUUUGUUCGAACUUCAACCUCAGUCACAGGUCGAAGCUCUCAAUACUCAGAGUCAGUAACAAUGGCAGACUCGAUUUGCAGAGCUCUUCGAGACGGAGCAUUAGAAGGAGAACACGCACCGGCUCUCACAAUAAAGGACUCCAUAGCCUCACCUUUCGGACCUAUCGUUUUCAAUCACGUCCUCGUCCAACUCUCCUCCAACAUUUUGGCGCGAAAAUCGCAAUCACAAGGUAUUGUGCUUGUUGCUUUGUCUCGGAGUCCAUCUUUCUAUGUUGAUUUGUUGAAGAGUAGAGGCAUUGAUGUCGAUUCCUUACAUGAAUGGCUUAGGGUUCUGGAUUGUUAUACUGAUCCUCUUGGUUGGAAGGAUCGGCUUGUGGAGUGUGGAAGCAUUACCAAUCCCUCUCCAGAAGCUUCAAACAAAGUUAGGUUGUGUAAGGAUGUAAGAAAUUUGGACAACUUGUCUUCUUCAAUUAUUGAAAUGGGGAAAGAAUUGGUAGGACAAGGAAAGGGGCGUUUCUCGGUUGCCAUAGACUCGGCAACUGACAUGCUAAGACAUGCAUCAAUAUCUUCAGUAGCUGCCCUUUUAAGCAGCCUUCGUAGCCAUGCCCAAGUUUCUUGUGCAUUUUGGUUAUUGCAUUUGGACCUUCAUGAAGUCAGGGUCACUUCUGUUCUUGAAUAUUUGUCCUCUAUGCUGGCCAAUGUAGAACCAAUGACUCAAUCAACAAAUGGACAGAGAGGCAACUCUGAGAACUUUUCUCUGCUUGAACAGAAUUCUAAGAGAGGAAAGUUUAAUGUUCGCAUGAAGCGCCGAAAUGGACGAGUUAGACUGAUGUUUGAAGAGUUCUGCAUUGAGCAAUCGGGUAUAAAAUUUACACCUGUUUCUUCUGAUGGUGGAAUAGUCACUCAAAGUCUUGUGCCUAAGGUGCAAUUCAAUCUACAACUGUCAGAAAAGGAGAGAAUUGAGCGGGCAAAGGUUGUACUUCCAUUUGAGCACCAAGGAAAUGGAAAAUCCAUUGAAAUCUAUGAUGGCCGAAGAUAUCUCACUGAGAACAAAACUGAGACCACAUCUAAUUUUGAUGAGAAAUUGCAAACAAAUGAGGAUCCUGGCAGGGGUGAGAUUAUCUAUUUUCGUGAUUCAGACGAUGAAAGGCCAGAUUCUGACGAGGAUCCAGAUGAUGAUUUGGACAUAUGACACCACCAUUCUGCUCUUUAAUGCCAGAAAUUGUUUAUAAGCAUCACACAUUAGACCAUCUUCAAUGAUUACUCAAAUUUAUCAUUAAAUUUGAAUUUGGUGAAAAAUCAUUCCUUUUCCUGUUUCAACGGUUUCAUCAAGUAUCAAAUUUAGGAUUUCACUUUUCUUUUAUCAAACUGAGAAUCAAGGUGCCUUUUAUCA